UUGGAUGGUCUCGAAUCGAAGGAACCCGCUCCACAUAAUUACACCAACCGCUUGCCCGCCAUGUGGAUUUAGGCAGUUUCUCUCUCUUCACUCUCUCUCUAAAACGGUCCCUCUAAUCCGAUGAGCACGUCGCCGUCAACGAAUACGGCGGGCGGUCAAUUCCACGGCUACCGCGGCGUCAUCGGCCUCCAUCGCGGCGGAAGGUUCUACGAAGAAGGUGAGGAAACCUUACACGAUCACCAAGUCCAGGGAGAGCUGGACAGAGGAAGAACACGACAAGUUUCUGGAAGCGCUUCAACUUCUUUUGCUCCAACAGGACUUCAGCACGUUGAUACUACUGGUCUCUGGUCUUUUUCUUGGUUCUUUAGGUUUGACCGCGACUGGAAAAAAAUCGAAGACUUUGUGGGUUCAAAGACCGUGAUUCAGAUUAGGAGCCAUGCCCAAAAAUACUUUUUGAAGGUCCAGAAAAAUGGGACACUAGCUCAUGUGCCACCACCUCGGCCUAAACGCAAAGCAGCUCAUCCUUAUCCUCAAAAGGCAUCAAAAAAUGCUCAAAUGCCACUCCAAGUUUCCACACCUUUUCCUUCUCCAAGUAACAUUCUGUCUGGGUUUGCUCCAUGGGAUGAGUCUUCUGUUCUGAUAAAUACCGGUUCAAGUAGAGUUGUCUCGACACAAGAUGAACUAGCUACACUUCGUGGAGCUGAAGGCACGGGUUUUGCAUGUAACAUUACUGAUUCAGCUGAUAUUGGAUCAAAGGGCAUAACAAAUGUUAGUAGCCCUUCUGCAUCUGGCAUGGGAAGCGUAAGCCGAACACUAUCAGGUUCUGAGAUUCUAAUACAAGGGAAACCAGCUCCUGUGCUUCACGGUAUUCCUGAUUUUACUGAAGUUUAUAACUUCAUUGGGAGUGUCUUUGAUCCAGAAACCAAAGGCCACAUGAAAAAGCUCAAGGAAAUGGAUCCUAUAAAUUUUGAGACCGUUCUACUGUUGAUGAGAAACCUCACAGUUAACAUGUCAAGCCCUGACUUUGAGCCCGUUAGGAAGGUCCUCUCGUCAUAUGACAUGAACACCAAGCUGGUAGCUGGUAGCUCAGAAUCCCUGGUCAAGACAAGCCAUGUGUCAUCUUGAGGACUUCAUGCUCACAAGUUUGCGGUGGAAGAGAAUGUUACUGAACAUUGGAAAGCGUAGGAAACAUGCAGUUUCAGCCAGGAGUUAGGAAAAGAAAGAGAUACAUAGGUAGAGGAAAGAGUUAGAAGGAGGCUGAAAUUCGUGUACAAAAAGAAAACUCUUCUUUUUUGUUGGUUCUGUAUUUAUUUUGGUUCUUGUAAUGUUUGUUAUCUGAUCAUUUUUUUGGGUUAUAAAUGUAACCAAAGCAUUUGUAACCAGGAAUAAAAGAGAGGGAGAACCAAUAAUCCGCAAGAGAGGGAGAGAUUGAACUCCAUUGGAGUUUGUCCAUUCCACUU